GCACGCCAACCCCCCUCGCAAGGCAAAAAUGAGUCAUCGUAAGUACGAAGCCCCCCGUCACGGGAAUCUCGGUUUCCUCCCUCGCAAGCGUGCUGCGAGGCAUCGCGGUAAGGUCAAGUCCUUCCCCAAGGAUGACCCCAAGAAGAAGCCGCAUCUGACCGCCGCUAUGGCCUACAAGGCCGGCAUGACCCAUGUCGUUCGUGAUCUCGACCGUCCAGGCUCCAAGAUGCACAAGCGUGAAGUCGUCGAGGCCGUUACCAUCCUCGAGACACCACCAAUGAUCGUUGUUGGUGUUGUCGGCUAUGUCGAGACACCCCGCGGUCUUCGUUCCCUCACCACUGUCUGGGCCUCCCAUCUUUCCGACGAACUCAAGCGCCGGUUCUACAAGAACUGGUACAAGAGCAAGAAGAAGGCCUUCACCCGCUACGCGAAGAAGCAUGCUGAGAACGGCGGCAAGAGCAUUGCUCGCGAGUUGGAGCGCAUUCGCAAGUAUUGCACUGUCGUCCGUGUUCUCGCCCAUACCCAACUGUCGAAGACUGGCCUUAGGCAGAAGAAGGCGCACCUGAUGGAGAUUCAGGUUAACGGAGGCUCGGUUGGGGAGAAAGUCGACUUCGCAAAGGGCCUGUUCGAGAAGCCAGUAGAGAUCUCCACCAUCUUCGAGCAGGACGAGUGUGUCGAUGUGAUCGCCGUCACAAAGGGUCACGGGUUCGAGGGUGUGACCCACAGGUGGGGCACCAAGCGCUUACCACGCAAGACGCACAAGGGUCUGCGCAAGGUCGCUUGUAUCGGUGCAUGGCAUCCUUCCAAGGUCAUGUUCUCUGUCGCACGUGCUGGUCAGAACGGCUACCAUCACCGGACGGAGCUGAACAAGAAGAUUUACCGAAUUGGGUCGGGUGCCGACGAGUCCAAUGCAUCCACCGAGGCGGACACUACUAAAAAGACAAUCACCCCGAUGGGUGGUUUCCCUCAUUACGGUAUCGUGAAGAACGAUUACCUGAUGCUGAAGGGCUCCAUUCCAGGUACCAAGAAGCGCGUAAUCACCAUCCGCAAGUCCCUCAUGGUUCACACAAGCAGGAGGGACCUCGAGCAGAUCCAACUUAAGUUCAUCGACACAUCUUCGAAGUUCGGCCAUGGUGCCUUCCAGACAUUCGAGGAGAAGGCGUCGUUCUUGGGUGCGCUCAAGGUUCGUGCUUCAGCGGUGUUUGGGUUUCCGUAGUCCUUCAUGAUGUAUGGGUCACUAUGUUAUAUGCCUCUGAUGCAAUAAGAUGUAGUGAGCUGCCUGUCGGUAAGGCCUUGGUGAC